UCUGUGUGUGUUUGGGGCUCUUUCAGCGUCCAAAACCGAGGGGAAUAAAGCCAUGCCGCGUGAUGUUUUGGCCCGUCGGCAAAGGAGCCGCUUGAUUUGAAGGCAAGGAGGGUGAAGUGGCCGGGAUCCCUGAGUGAUUGGUGGACUGGUUUUUUCUGGAGGUUACCGGAGCUGGCCGGUCCCAGGCGGCUGCGCGGCUCCUCAAUAAUGCAGUGAGUCAAGCCCGGGAGAAAGUGUGGCGGAUGUCUGGCGGCGGGAGAAAGUGGGACCCGUGAAGUGGACUCUGGCCGGAACCAUGGUGAACACGGGGCUGCAGCUGAUCAGCUUCACCUGCGCCGUGACGGGCUGGAUCAUGGCCAUCGCGGCGACCGCCCUGCCGCAGUGGAAGGUGUCGGCCUUCAUCGGCGGCAACAUCCUGACGUCGGAGAUGAAGUGGGAGGGCAUCUGGAUGAGCUGUGUGUACCAGACCACAGGCCACAUGCAGUGCAAGACCUACGACUCCAUGCUGGCCUUGCCCCCCGACGUCCAGGCGGCGCGCGCCCUCAUGUGCGUGGCCAUCUUCCUGGGCUGGCUCUCCUGCACCGUGUCCUGCUGCGGCAUGAAGUGCACCACCUGCGCCGGCGACGACCGCCAGGCCAAGGCGGGCAUCGCCCUGGCCGGCGGCAUCCUUUUCGUGGUGACGGGGCUGUGCGUGCUGGUGCCCGUGUCCUGGACGGCGCACACCGUGGUGCAGGAUUUCUACAACCCCAACGUGCCUUCCAUGCACAAGCGAGAGCUGGGUCAGGCCAUUUUCCUGGGCUGGGCCGCCGCCGUCAUUCUGAUGAUCGGCGGGGCGGUGCUGAGCAGCACCUGUCCCCUCGCCGAGAGGCGGGGCGGGUACCGCCGGGGCUACGUGGGCCGCAGCUUUGCCAAUUCCCCCACUUCUGCUCCCAAUUUACCCAAAACCAUCACGCCCAGCAGCCUGCCGCUUAAAGAGUACGUCUAGGGCAGGGGUGUCCAAACUUUAUACCAACCAAUUAAACCAUGCGGGCAUCGUUUGGAUAUUUUUCAUUUUCAAACCAUAAUAAAACAUAUGGAUUUUUUUUUUUUUUUACUUUUAGGGCUCCCAGGGACCAUAGAGGGUCUCUGUCAUUAACAUGUUAAAAAUAAGUCAUUAUUUUCAUUUUUUAUGUAAGGCUUACAGUACUUUAUAUCAACUUCAGGUUGAUAUAAAGUACAAAAAAAAAGGUUUUAUGCCUUUUCAGUCAAAGACAAGUUUGUUUUUACAGUAAAUCUGAAGUAUGCAGUAUUUCUCCCAUUGCCCAAAACAUUCAAAUGUUUGAUCUGAAGUAAUUGGAGCCCUAAAAAGAUCAAUAAUACAAGACACCAUUGAUUUAAAUGUAUUAUUAUUUCUGAGUACUGUAUUUCCUUGAAUUGCCGCCGGGGCGCUAAUUAAUUUAAAACCUCUUCUCACUCCUGCGCUUACCAAGGCAUGCGGUAAAAGUAAGCAUGCGCUAAUUAUUCAAAAACCUCUUCUCACUCCGGCACUUACCAAAGGCAAGCAGUAAAAAUGUGAGUGUGAUGUAAGCUUGGACCUUAAAUCCUACUGAAUAGCUCUUAAUCUUCUUCCCUUUAUGCGAUUUCAAAUUACUGGUAUUGAAAUCAGCCUCCUCCAUUGUGAAAAUGAUGACGGGUGAAGUGUCACUCGUGACAUCACAAGUUUGACCCGGCGGUAAUACUAAGCAUGCACUAAUUAUUUUGCAAAGCGAGUAAUUCAAGGCAGGUACAUACUAUACAACCUGGCGACAAUUCAAGGAAAUACGGUAUGCAGUAUUUCCCCCAUCGCCCAAAACAUUGAGAAAGCAAUGUUUGAUCUGAAGUAAUUGGAGCCCUAAAAAGAUCAAUAAUCCAGGACACCAUUGAUUUUAAUGUAUUAUUAUUUCUGAGUAAUCACAGUGAAAAGAUAAAUAAAAUCCCAAUAAAUAUCUUUGGGAUCCAAAAGGUCCACCAUUUAUAAAGUGAUACAUUUUUAUUAUUAUUUGUUUUACUUUCCACACUUAAGUUACCAGAUCAACUUCAACUAUAUUUGUCGAUUUUACGUUUGAACUAUUAUUUUGUUGGUUUUAAGCUCUUUUGUCAAAGAAAACAGUUUUUACAUGGCAACCACACGGUAUAUGUACAUAAUAUUGUCCACAUAAAACAUUAUAAAGGGAAAUAUUUGAAGUAAUAGGAGCUUUAAAUAGGUCGAUAAUUAUAAAAAAAAUUUUUUUUUAGCAUUGCAAUAGGAGAAAAAUAAAGAAAAACAAAAGAAACAAACAGCCUGCAUGGCAGCUUUGUGUCAACAUUGCAACUUUUCCCUCAAUAGAUUUCACCUCACUCUACUUUUUUGGUGUUUUUUAAUUUAUUUUUGCAGUAGCAUUUCCAGAAUGUGUGUCGGGCCAGUCAACAAUUAGCUGCGGGCCGCACUUUGGACACCCCUGGUCUAAGAGGAGAGCACAAUCCACCAAUAUUUCCAUCCAUACAUAUUUUGGCUUGAAUGACUCCUCAAGGACUACUUCCUGUCUUAAACUUUGAAAUAAAUAGGGUUUGUUAAAGCAUGAACCGACUAAAACUGUUAUUUUGUGUAAAGUUCCCAAUAGACCUGCUCGACAUCCAUUGCUUUCAGUUCUCUCCAAGGUUUCUCAUAGUCACUGUCGCCAACGUCCCACUGGGGUGAGUUUUUCCUUGCCAUUAUGUGUGCUCUGUACCGUGGAUGUCGUUGUGGCUUGUGCAGCCCUUUGAGACACUUGUGAUUUAGGGCUGUAUAAAUAAACAUUGAUUGAUUGAUCGUGUUGGGACAUUUUGUCCAUCAAAAAAAAAACGUUAUAAAUUAGUUUUUAUGGGUUAAAAAAAUGUGAGGUUUACUUGAUGUUCCGUCCUUUUCGUCAUCACAGUCCAGUCCCAGCGAGCAUGUUCCCUGUCCUCCCA